CUUGUUUCAGUUUGAUUUUAUAACGUUUAAAGUAUGGAGUUUUUACAACCGAAGCAGUGCAAAAGAAGAAAGGAAGCACCUCAGCCGAUCCGGCAGCGGUAUCAGGCGAACGCACGUGAACGGGAUCGCACUCACAGCGUGAACACCGCGUUCGUAACGUUACGCACCUUAAUCCCGACAGAGCCGAAGGAUCGCAAAUUGAGCAAGAUCGAGACGCUGAGGCUUGCGUCGAGUUACAUUUCGCAUUUGGGCACGCAGCUAGUCGCAGGGCCAAUGGCGCAGCCCUGCCUGAGAUUUUCCGAUUCGAAUAGGCUGUGCACGUUUUGUAUAGCGCACAAAAAGGCGGGAACGACGGAUUACGUCCCUUACGGAAUUGGAGAAUUUUUCUACCCCCCCACUCCUCCACCUGUCGAUAAUUAUCACUGCAAUCCAGAUAUGAAAAUCUACACGUAGAGGCUGCGUAUUAAUUUCGCCUGUACUUAAUUUUAGUAAUAAAUCCGCUUGUUUACACGA